UACGAGUGUGUACGACAAUGUAUAGACGCCGCGGAUCCGAAACAUGUCCGAACAUGAGCCCGCUUUUUUCUUCGUUCAAGGGGAAAUGACGAUUCUUGUUCUCUGAUCAUAACACAGAAACCAGGGGAUUCAUCUUCAGCGAUUGAAGCAACCCUCCCACCAAACCCUAACGCUACAAUCUAAACCUCUCACUUCAAAAUUAUUUCUUCUACAUUUUUUGUUUGCUCCUUCCCCUUCCUUCGACGCUAACUGCGCUCGAAUUUCGUAUCUCAAACAACGCUCAUCUCAUUCACUUCAUGGCGAGUGAUUCCGGCACAAAACCUCCCCUUGCUUCGUCUUCAGCUGCGGCGGAAUCCUACAUUGGGAGCUUUAUCAGUCUUGUUUCCAAGUACGAGAUUCGUUACGAAGGCGUUUUGUAUCACCUCGACGUCCGGGAUUCCACCAUUGGCUUGAAGAGCGUCAAGUCUUAUGGAACAGAGGGGAGAAGAAAAGAUGGUCCACAAGUUCCUCCAAAUGACAAGGUUUAUGAAUACAUUCUUUUUCGAGGGAGUGACAUUAAGGAUUUGCAGGUCAAGUCCCUCUCUACAUCUAUCAAAGAAGAGCAGAUAUUCAGUGAUCCAGCUAUUAUUCAGUCACAAUAUUCUGAAGUGCCUUCAAGUUCUCCUAUCGCUUCAGUGGCUGGGAGUGGUUUGACAGAAUCAAUUCAAAGGCAAGAUACUCCUGCUAUGAUCAGUAGAGUCAUUCCUCUUUCUGUUGGGUUGCCUUCCCAUCGACCUGCAACAUUGACGGACCCAUCAAGUCAAUCUGCUGUUACUCAUGUUUCUGGUGCUCCUUCUUUCUCUAUGGCAAUGUAUUGGCCAGAAUAUAGUGGGAUAUCAGGAGGUAGCUCUCAUUCUCUGCUGCAAUCUGGUCCUUUUCAGUCCUCUCCAGCAGUGGCACCUUUAAAUGUACAGAGCUGGGGGCGAACUCCAGAAAGUCAGUUAACUUCUUCAAAAGUGGGCUGGACUACUAUAUCAGAGCAUGGUGAAACUGUGUCAUCCGUUACUGCUUCAUCUCUUGUAAAUCCGUCUUAUGAACCUUCAUCUUCCUCUUUACAAACUUCUAAUUCUCUGGAUGCUCCAUCUCUUUUGUCUUCUAAGGCGCCAUUACCCUAUCGUUCUUCUAUGGCUGAAUCAAACAUGCCUUUAUUUUCUUCACCGAUUCAAGGCAUAAAUCCUGUCAAAGAUCAAUUUUCUGGCAAAAUUUCUCCUUACAUGGGAUCAAUGUUUCCUGGACAAUCUGCCCAUCAUUCUGUUUCAUCAUCAGUUGAUUCUACUUCGAGCUCCUUGCCAAGACCUCCAUCUUUUUUAACUCCAGAUCAGUUUGCACAUUCUAGACAGAAUUUUGUUUCUUUAGCGCAGAACCAGAUCCCUGGUCGUAAUCAUAUGGUUUCUCUGCCACCAACAUCCUCUAGCUCCUCUUUUUUAGCACCUUCUCCAGAAUUUCAAGCAGCAUUGUUGCCUUCACCACCAUUGCCAACUUCAGUGCGCAAGCCUGAGCACUCAGCUUCACAGUUCAGUGAGGAGUUUGAUUUUGAGGCCAUGAAUGAGAAGUUCAAAAAGGAUGAAGUAUGGGGUUCUCUUGGGAGGGCAUCUAAGACAAUAGAAAGGUUGGAGGAUAAUACUCCAACUAAUGGCUUGGGUGACAGAGAGUGUCGUGGUUGAUGCCUAACCUAAACCCAGAGCCUGGUUAUAAGAAAGACGACUUUUUUGACACAAUUUCUUGUAACUCUCUCACUCAUGGAUCAAGGAAUGGACAGAAUCGCCUUUCUGAGAGAAUGAAGCUGGAUUCUGAGACGUUUGGUUCCCAUCGGAGCCCUACUAUGGGUUAUGGUGCCUAUGGUAGUGGACGCAAUGAAUAUUACCGGAGCUCAUACAAUAUGGGAAGCGGUUAUAGCUAUGGUGGAAGAGGGCGUGGCAGGAGUAUGCCUUUCUAUUAGCAGUCAUACUCUCUAUUCUCCGAAGACCGAUUGGUCCUUGUCUGCUACUGGUUUCUCCUUUGUCUUUCUUAUGAUCUUUGGCUUUGUUUGGAAGACUUCUCAUGGUGAGAUGAUUGCUAGAAUAUCAAACUUAGAAAAUACAGCCAACUUCAUGCCUUUUAUUUUGGCCUAUUACUGGCGUUUCGGCUUGUACUUUGUCUUCUAAUCUUCUUUGUCUAUAUAACAAACAGUAGCUGAUAAAGCCAUAUAAUGAAAUACCAGAUACGUUUUCUCUGUA